AUGCAUAUCUCAUUCAUUUACCUGUUUUGUUUUUCUUUCGUUCUCGUAAGCGCUCGAAAUGCUUUUAUUAUGGACGAACGGUUUGUGUGCACCGUUAAGAGGUCGUGUCUAGAGUGUCUGAAGUUACCUCAAUGUUCGUGGUGUCCAACAGAAAACAAAUGCUUUUCGAAAACCCUGACGAAGUCUUUGGACUAUUGUGGCAAUGAUACUAUUCCUCACGUCGAUUAUGGAUUGAGUUUUGAAGAAAACGCUGAGUGUUCGUGCAGUAAAGGUGACGUGGGUCGAACCUGCUAUCCACCCGGUGUCACCGAAGGGCCAGAGUGCUCCGGCCGAGGCACAUGUGUUUGUGGCCAGUGUGUGUGCAACCCGCAACCUGAUCCUCAAUACCCGACCAAGACGGUGAUGGGAGAGUACUGCGAGUACGACAAUUUCUCGUGUGACGGCCCUAAAUGCAAUGAAGGGCCAUAUUCUCUCACCAACCCUAAUGUAGUGGACGAUCAAACUAAAACGACCGCUGUUGAAAUACCGGCCUCAUAA